AUGCUCUGAGGCUGGGAAGGUUAGCGCAGGGACCAGUGUGAUUUCUACGUCUGCGGGAAGAUGCGUGUGCUUGUUGCUUUCUGGAUGGAGAGAGGCGGUGUUGUGGGACUGAGUUUUCAGCACAGCUAACAACUAUUGCCUCCGCUUCAAACCCAUGUUUUUUUUGUCAAAAUCAACUUUAAGCAUUUUUAUUACUGGAAAGUUUUUUCUCAUUAUUUAUUCAUAGUAUUUCAUUCACUUAUUUUCUUUAUCCGAAUUUGUAUUUAAUUUGUUUUCUUAUGUUGAUUUUCUUUGAAAAUUUCACCUGAGCACACUGCGCUUGUCCCGCGUAUGCGUCUCCAACCUCCCGUCUUCGCUCUGACUCAGCAGCACUCACCUGGACCGGAGCGCAAGGAGGAGGCGAGUCCCUUGCGUACUCCGCAGAGCAUCGCGCCGUUACGCGGGGAAGGCUGCACCAAGGCACGGCGUGGACACUUCAAGGGAGACGUACAGUUGGAUCUCUGCCCUUACCAUAAGACAAUCAUCAGAAGCGUAUACAUCCUCUUUCCAACGUGAAAAAGAUACGAGGGAGAGAGAGAGAGAGAGAGAGAAAGAGAGAGAGAGAGAGAGAGAGAGAGAAAGAGAGAGAGAGAGAGAGAGAAAGAGAGAGAAAGAGAGAGAGAGAGAGACGUGUUUGCACAAUCCAGCAUCCAUUGCAAUUGACACUUUGAAGAAAUAUAAAGGAAAAGGAAGAGUGUGGAGUGAAGAAGAAAAAGCAUAGCUUGGAUAUUGAACGGAGCGGGGCAUGUGGAUAUUGGCUAAUAUCUUUUUCCAGUGCAUCUUGAAUGUUUUCAGUGAAGACCUACGUUCCAGCUUAUAUUUUGUCAAUGCAUCUGUGCAAGAGGUAGUGUUCGCCAGCACCACAGGGACCUCGGUGCCCUGUCCCGCCGCGGGCGCGGCCCCCGCCUCGCUGCGCUGGUACCUGGCCACGGGCGAGGAGAUCUACGAUGUGCCCGGGAUACGGCACGUGCACCCCAAUGGCACCCUCCAGAUCUUCCACUUCCCCCCUUCCAGCUUCAGCAACCUUAUCCAUGACAACACCUACUACUGCACAGCCGAGAAUCCAUCAGGGAAAAUCAGGAGCCAAGAUGUCCAUAUUAAGGCUGUCCUACGAGAGCCCUACACGGUCCGAGUGGAGGACCAGAAAGCAAUGAGGGGCAAUGUGGCGGUCUUCAAGUGCAUUAUCCCCCCCUCUGUGGAGGCCUACAUCACUGUUGUGUCCUGGGAGAAAGACACAAUGUCAAUCAACGCUGAGAUGUCGCGGUUUCUCAUCACAUCCACGGGGGCGCUGUACAUCCUGGACGUGCAGAUUGAGGACGGCCUGUACAACUACCGGUGCAUGACGCGCCACCGCUACACCGGGGAGACGCGGCAGAGCAACAGCGCUCGGCUCUUUGUCUCCGACCCCACGAACUCGGCGCCCAACAUCCUGGAUGGCUUUGAGCGUCGCGAGGUCAUGGCGUCUCACCGGGUGGAGCUCCCGUGCAAGGCGUCCGGUCACCCGGUGCCCAAGUACCGCUGGCUGAAGGACAACCGCCCCCUGGAGCCCGACACGCGCUUCCGGCAGAGCGUCACAGGCCUGCUUAUCGAGCGAGCCCAGCCCAGCGACACGGGGGGCUACGUGUGCGAGGUGUGGAACAGCUACGGCAACGCUGAGGUGGUGGGCCGGCUGCUGGUCAAAGAGCCCUUGAAGGCGGUGGUGAGCCCCAGGAAGGUGAAAGGCAGCGUGGGUAGCCAGGUGUCCUUGUCCUGCAGCGUGACUGGCUCCGAGGAGUACGAGCUGUCCUGGUACCGCAACGGAGAGCUCAUCUACCCUGGGAACAGCGUCCGCAUGACGGGGGACAACCGGGAGAAUCUGGUGAUGGCGGGCAUGGCCAAGAGCGACGGCGGAGCCUACCAAUGCUUCGCCAGGAACGGCAAGAUGUCCGCCCAGGACUUCGUCCAGGUCAUCCUGGAAGACGGCACUCCCAAGAUCCUCUCCUCCUUCAGCGAGAAGGUCUUCAACAUCAACGAGUUUGUGUCACUGGCGUGCACCGUGAAGGGCACGCCGGAGCCGCGCGUGGCCUGGCUGCUGGACGACGAGCCGGUGAGCCGGGACAGCCGGCACCGCAUGUCCCACUUCACCAACGCCGAGGGCCACGUCAUCAGCCACCUGAACAUCAGCCACACCCACGUGCCGGACGGGGGCGUCUACCGCUGCACCUGCAACAAUUCGGCCGGGGCAGUCUCCUACCAGGCGCGAAUAAACGUAAGAGGGCCUGCCAGUAUACGACCAAUGAAAAACCUCACAGCCAUCGCCGGGCGAGACAUGUACAUCCACUGCCGCGUCAUUGGCUACCCGUACUACUCCAUCAAGUGGUACAAAGACUCCAACCUGCUGCCGUACAACCACCGGCAGCGUGCGUUCGAGAACAACGGCACGCUGAAGCUGUACGACGUGCAGAAGGACGUGGACGAGGGCGAGUACACGUGUCACGUCCUGGUGCAGCCGCAGCUCUCCACCCACCAGAGCGUCCACGUCAGCGUGAAAGUCCCCCCUGCCAUCCAUCCCUUCGAGUUCCCUCGCUUCUCUAUCGGCCAGCGGGUGUUCAUCCCCUGCGUGGUGAUGUCGGGCGACCAGCCCGUCUUCAUCACCUGGCAGAAGGACGGCCGGCCUAUCCCGGCCAGCCUGAGCGUCACCAUCGACAACAUCGACUUCACCAGCUCCCUGCGCAUCUCCAACCUGUCCCUCCUCCACAACGGCAACUACACCUGCAUCGCCCGCAACCAGGCGGCAGCCGUGGAGCACCAGAGCCAGCUCAUCGUGAGGGUCCCCCCUAAGUUUGUGGUGCAGCCUAAAGACCAGGAUGGCAUCUAUGGAAAGGCUGUGAUCCUCAACUGUUCUGCAGAGGGCUACCCUGUCCCUACCAUUCAGUGGAAGUACUCCAAAGUGGGUCUUGAUGGAGGUGUGGUUGAUGGAAACCGUUCAAGUCAACGUACCAAUAACUCUGGUGCGGGUGUGCCUCAGUUCCAGCCCAUAGCCCUCAACUCAGGCUUCAGAGUCCAGGUGCUGGUCAACGGCUCCCUGCUCAUCAAGCACGUGCUGGAGGAAGACAGCGGCUACUACCUGUGCAAGGUCAGCAACGACGUCGGCGCCGACGUCAGCAAGUCCAUGUACCUCAACGUCAAAAUCCCGGCCAUGAUCACGUCGUACCCCAACACCACGCUGGCCACGCAGGGCGAGGAGAAGAAGAUGAGCUGCACGGCUCACGGCGAGAAGCCCAUCAUGGUCCGCUGGGAGAAGGAGGAGCGCAUCAUCAACCCGGAGACCAGCCGCUACGUGGUCACCGUCAAGGAGGUGGCCGACGAGGUCAUCUCCACGCUGCAGAUCAUGCCCACCGUGAGGGAGGACUCGGGCUUCUUCUCCUGCCACGCCAUCAACUCCUACGGAGAGGACCGAGGCAUCAUCCAGCUCACUGUGCAAGAGCCCCCGGACCCCCCAGAGGUGGAGAUCAGGGAGGUGAAGGACAGGACUAUUGCCCUUCGUUGGACCAUGGGCUUUGACGGCAACAGUCCAAUCACAGGGUUCGACAUCGAGAGCAAGAACAAAUCAGCCUCCUGGGAUACGGCCCAGAAGACCAAAGACGUCUCCCCCCAGCUCAACCAGGCCACCAUCAUCGACCUCCACCCCUCCUCCACCUACAACAUACGUAUGUUCGCCAAGAACCUCAUCGGCAAGAGCGAGCCCAGCAACGAGCUCACCAUCACCACGGACGAAGCAGCUCCUGACGGCCCCCCACAGGAAGUGCAGCUGGAGGCUCUCUCUUCCCAAAGCAUCCGGGUGUCAUGGAGGGCCCCCAAGAAGCACCUUCAGAAUGGGGCGAUCCGGGGCUACCAGGUGGGCUACAGGGAGUACAGCUCCGGGGGGAACUACCAGUUCAGCGUGAUCAGCAUGGAGACCACAGGGGACAACAGCGAGAGCCUGAUCCUGGACAACCUGAAGAAGUUCACCCAGUACGGCGUGGUGGUCCAGGCUAGCAACAGCGCCGGGACCGGGCCCUCCUCCGCAGAGGUGUCCUCCACUACCCUGGAAGACGUACCCAGCCGCCCUCCAGAGAACGUCCAGGCCACGGCCUCCUCCCCAGAGAUCAUCUCCCUGUCCUGGCUCACCCCUCCCAAGGAGGCUCUCAACGGCAACCUGCUGGGCUUCAGGGUCAUCUACUGGGCCAACCUACCAGAUGGAGAGCUGGGGGAGAUCCGGAACGUGACCACCUCAAAGCCUUCCCUGGAGCUGGAUGGUCUGGAGAAGUACACCAACUACAGCAUCCAGGUGUUGACCUUCACCCGGGCCGGGGACGGUGUCCGCAGCGAGCAGAUCUACACGCGCACCAAGGAGGAUGUCCCUGGUCCUCCCGCCGGCGUGAAGGCAGCAGCGGCGUCUAACUCGGUGGUGUUUGUGUCCUGGCUCCCUCCUCUUAAACUCAAUGGCAUCAUUAGGAAGUAUACGGUCUUCUGCUCCAAUCCACACCCUACGGUGAGCAGUGAGUUUGAGGCAGCGCCGGACGUGUUCUUCUACCGGAUCCCCAACCUGAGCAGGACCCGUCAGUACAGCAUCUGGGUGGUGGCCGUGACCGCCGCGGGGCGCGGCAACGCCAGCGACAUCAUCACCAUCAAACCCCUGGCCGAGGCCCCUGCCAGGAUCCUAACCUUCAACGGGACCGUCACCACCCCUUGGAUGAGGGACAUUGUGUUGCCCUGUAAGGCGGUCGGUGACCCCGCCCCCACGGUCAAGUGGCUGAAGGAAACCAACGGAAGCCCCGCCCCUGCUGUGAUUGACAGCCGGCGCAGUGUCCAUGGCAACGGUAGCCUGGUGAUCCGCACAGUGAAAGCCGAGGACUCUGGGAACUACACCUGUGUAGCCAGUAACAGCUUCGGCCCUGAUAAGAUCAUCCUAAACCUGCAGGUUCAAGUUCCCCCGGACCAACCACGCCUAACCGUUACCAAGACAACCACCACAUCCAUCACCCUGUCCUGGAUACCCGGGGACAAUGGAGGCAGCUCCAUCAGAGGCUACAUCCUGCAGUACUCAGAGGACAACAGCGAGCAGUGGGGGAACUACGCCAUCAGCCCCAGCGAGCGUUCCUACCGGCUGGAGAACCUCAAGUGUGGAACCUGGUACAAGUUCACCCUGACGGCCCAGAAUGCAGUGGGGCCGGGACGGAUCAGCGAGAUCAUCGAGGCCAAGACCCACGGGAAAGAGCCUCAGUACUCCAAGGACCAGGAGCUGUUCACGAGCAUCAACGCCACGCGCGUCAGGCUCAAUCUGGUCGGCUGGAACAACGGCGGCUGCCCCAUCACGUCCUUCACCUUAGAGUACCGCCCGGUGGAGUCGCCGGCGUGGACCACGGCCCAGCGCACAUCGCUGACCAAGAGCUACAUCCUGUACGACCUGCAGGAGGCCACCUGGUACGAGCUGCAGAUGAAGGUGUACAACAGCGCGGGCUUCGCCGAGAAGAGGGUCAAGUUUGCCACGCUCAGCUACGACGGCAGCACCAUCGCCCCUCUGGUCAGGGCUCCAAACGGGCCUCCAGAAGGCAGCUCGUCAGGCAACGAGGGUCUGAAGAUGAUGGUGACCAUCUCCUGCGUGCUGGUGGGCAUCGUGCUGGUCUUCACCCUCCUGCUGGUGCUGAGGAGGAGGAGGAGGGAACAGAGGCUCAAGAGGCUGAGAGAUGCUAAAAGUUUGGCUGAGAUGCUCAUGAGUAAAAACACCAGACCAGCAGAGACCAUUAACAAGCAGCAGCAGACCCUGCGAAUGCACAUCGACAUCCCCCGAGCCCAGCUCCUCAUCGAGGAGAGAGACACCAUGGAGACUGUUGACGACAGGUCCACCGUGCUGCUGACGGACAACGACUUUGGGGAGACCCAGAAACAGAAGUCCUCCACGGUGACGCACACAGUCCACUACCAGUCCCUGUCCCAAGCCACCGGACCACUGGUGGACGUGUCCGAUGCCAGACCUGGAACCAGUAAGUCCAACCCCACAGCUCGGCGUACCGCCAAAGCUGGCCCUGCCGCUCGCAACCGCUACGCAAGCCAGUGGACCCUCAACAGGCCACACCCCCCUGUCUCCGCCCACACGCUGAGCACUGAUUGGAGGCUUCCCACGCCCAGAGUGGCAGGUUCUGUGGACAAGGAGAGUGACAGCUAUAGCGUCAGCCCAUCUCAGGACACAGACCGGGCGCGGAGCAGCAUGGUCUCCACGGAGAGCGCCUCCUCCACAUACGAGGAGCUGGCGCGGGCCUACGAGCACGCCAAGAUGGAGGAGCAGCUGCGCCACGCCAAGUUCACCAUCACCGAGUGCUUCAUCUCCGACACGUCCUCGGAGCAGAUGACGGCGGGCACCAACGACUACACGGACAGCCUGACCUCCAGCACGCCCUCCGAGUCGGGCAUCUGCCGCUUCACCGCCUCCCCGCCCAAGCCCCAGGACGUCAGCCGCGUCAUGAACAUGGCCGUGCCCAAGGCCCACAGACCGGGGGGCGAGCUGGUGCACCUGCCCCCAUACCUGAGGAUGGACUUCCUGCUCAACCGUGGCAUGUCAUGCUCGGGGACAUCCAGGGGCGGAGCCAGCGGAGAGGGCGCGAUGGGCCAGGCGUGUCUGGAGCCUCAGAAGAGCCGCUCCCUGAAACGCCCCUCACGCAUGGCCCCCCCUACGCCCACUGAGGCCCCCCAGGCCAGCAGGGACCCAGUGGCCCAGUGGCAGCCCGGCUCAGCUGCCACGCUGCCCCACAGAGAGGGCUCGGAGCUGGCCCAGGCUGCCAAGCUCAGCACCUCCCAGGAGUCCCUGCUGGACUCCAGAGGACACCUCAAACCGAGCAGCAACCCCUACGCAAAGUCCUACACGCUGGUAUAACACCAGGAGCACGGGGCCAGACUCAGACUCACACUAACACUGGACUUAACACUCAAGUGCAGUAAACUGACUCUCACCACGCAGUCCUGUAUAUACGUUCCCUUUUCUUCAACGAGGGGUCACUUUUACUAAUCUCCUUUAUUAUUUAUUUUGGAGCUUUCUUUCCUUUCUUGUUUGUUUUUUAACUCGUGAGACAAAUUCACUCAUCUGAAGUGACUCCAGUGGGAGCUUGCCAAACUAAUUGCGUUAUGAAGGGAGCAUUAUUUAUUCUUUAUUAUUCUUGUUAAUUCUUAAUGAUUAAUUCGUGAUUAUUAAUUGUUGGUUGUCAAAUAUUAAUGAUUAUUAAUUAUUGAUUACAAACAAUCAAUUAUUACAUUAUUACCAUUACAACAAUGUUUUCAUAAAAACCUGGACAACAAUUUUCUGGAGUGGGAGACAUUUUUUUUCUAUGGAAAUUACUUCUAAAACACUGACUUAAACUUUGGAGAAUUCUGGGCAUGAAAGCAAUCGACACCAGUCCAAACUCAGCUGUCAGCUGCUCUCAAAUUGUUACUUUUUUGAAGAAAAAAAAAUCUAUUUCCUAUGGAUGCAUGGGGACUGACCAACUAAAGACAAUGAGCAUUCUGACCAGGACUGGACAGCCCAGUUGAGCAUUUUGUCACACUAUGAAAUGAUCCAAUGUGAAGAUUUAUUAUUCUUAUUACUAUAAAUAUAUAUAUAAAAAGAGAAAUCACUUUUAUUUGUGGAUAUUACAGGGAAGAAUUGAUUUGGUUAAUAAAGUCCUUAGUCAUGUUUGCACAUAUCUCGUUUUGAUUAGGAAAUCAAGUCUCUGUUGAUCUGUGUCCCAUUAUCUGAUGGUGCAAUAUGAAAAAAGAUAUGAAAAUUAUAUGAAUACUAUUGAUCUAUACUAUACUGUAUUGAAAAAAAAAGAACUUAUGUUGUGAGUAUACUUACAGGGCAGGACAAACUCCAGCUAUGUAUUCAGGUGUAGUUUACCACUACUAAUUUGCCAGGGUGGUAGACGAUGUUAGCUAGAACAAGGAGGGUUAGAGAUAACGGUUUGCACUUCACGACACCCAAAACAGUGUCCAGGCUGAGGCCUCUAUUCUCAGUGCACUAGGUAGAGUCUACAGGGCUCUCACUCCUGAUCCGUAGACCUAUUGCUGCUGCACUGCAGUGACACUCCUCUACAGGGAAAACUUGAGACAAUCCAAUACAACCCCCCCCCCCCCCCCCUUCAAACCAAACGUAAAAGUCUAUGAAAAUACAGUAUCUAAAGUGUGGAUAUACUAAGAAGCUGUUUUUGUUGUUGUCUACCCUGGCCCAUUUUUGUUCUUCUUAAUUAUUUUCUUUUUUUAGUCCUGAUGGGAGAGUUUGAUAAGAAUGCUGUGAGGUCUUUAUGCCAGUUUCUAUGGGUUAGUUGAAUUACUUGUCUUCAUUAUGAUAUUCCUUUUAACAAAUAUGUCGCUUUUUAUUUUUAACAUGGGUGUUCACUAUGGUGGCACUAAAAUAAAGAGAAACUAACACAGA